AUGGAGCAAACCUUCCACUGGCUCCAGAUACGGUGCUUCUAUUCUAAGGUGCAGCGCCUCAACUCAGCUGAAACCACGCUCAGGCGCUGGGGCUACGUGGCCGAGAUCGUCUACACCUGGCUUGGAUUGAUCUCACUGUCCGUCGCCAGCUUUGCUGCUUAUUCCCAAGGAGGCCUUCGAGCGUUUCAGAGCUCCAUGGGCCUCGGCCUGACCUCAGUGGGCCUCUCCGUUGUUUGCUCCCUGAUCGGCUGGUUCCAGGCCCGUAGCUGCAGGACCUUGGGCCGACGCUGCGGCUUGGCGGCGGGAUCGCUGGAGCCGAACGGGCCUGUGCCACCUGCAGCCCAGAUGGCUGCAACGUUGCCUUCCCUGGUUGCCAUUGAGACGACCCUGCGGGCGCGCCAGCGGACGGCGUGGCUGGGGGCCUUAUUUGCCGUGGUCGGCCUGCAGACCAUGGUGGGCCUCAUGGUGGGGAAGGUGCUGGCAACAUCUGGAGGCUUCUCGCAAUCCCCAGGUAUUAACCUGGACGUCUUCACAUUGCUAGCCGUGUCAAACUCGGCACUGGGCCACGUCCUCGCCGGAGGGCUGGCUGCACUUCAACAAGGAUCUCUGCCACAACCUUCGAGCUCCGAUGAUCCCUUCCAGGGGUGGAGCCGAUGA